AUGUUGUUGGUGCUCGUUUUGGCGCCGAUAAUACGAGGUUCGCCUCCAGAGAUGCGACUGAUGAACGAUCUCCUGGCUGGUUACGUUCGUGAGGAACGACCAGUAUUGGACAGCUCAAAGCCUGUGGUCGUCACUCUGGGCAUAGCCAUGCAACAAAUAAUCAAUCUGCAACGAUGGGCGAUGGAUUCAUUUCGCUAG